AUGUCCACGAAGUAUCCCAGCACGAUGAAGUGUAUGGAGGCGUUUGAUCAGUUGACAGUCUGCUACUCCGUAGGCGGACAGUUCCGCAGCUACUACAGAUACGGUGAGUUCGAUGCGUGCCAGAAACCGCUGGCCAAGCUGAAGUUCUGUCUAAUGCACGGCAGAGAUCCUGUGAAGGUUCAAGAGUGGCAUAAACAGCAGAUAGAGUACAACAAGAGCCACAGAGGAACGUCGGACGACAUAUGGAAAGAACGCUGA